AUGGUUCUGUUCAAGAUGCUGGGCGACGGAAACUGCUUUUGGCGGGCGGUCAUGUGCUACACUAACGACAUCGGCAAAGGGGAGCGUUUCACUGCCCAGGGAGAACCGUGGCUGAGGCUGACAGCGGGCCCCGUCGCAUGCCGGCGAGACGGCUGGUGGGCGGAUGAAGUGGCAACCCUGGCUAAAGCCAAGGUCCUGCCAUUCGGCACGCCCCCCUGCAAGUUUGUUUCAAAACAGAUAGCCAUGCUAGCUUUGCGUUUCCAAAUUUGGGGCAGGGUGGGGGAUGCCCAACGCCCCCGAAUUUUCAAGCUGGCUUGCAUGAAGCCAUAG